AUGAUAGUUAAUGAGGUUACAAAAAUCUUAUCAUUUGACCAAACUAACUGGCUUGCAUCAUAUAUAGCUUUUAAUACAGAAAAGCAACAAGAUUCUAAGAAUGCUUUUAAGAAAGAUUUCUUUAAGCUUAUGAAUAACUCAGUAUAUGGCAAAACUAUGGAAAAUGUUGGCAAAUACCAAGAUCUUGAAAAUACACUUGUAGAAGCAUAUAUGAGAAAGGCUACUGUAACUCUCAACAAGUCCAUUAUUGUCAGAGCAUUAGUUCUGGAUCAUAAUAUAUAUAAAGACAUGGCUAAGCGAUCAGACCUUUUUGAUCUUAAUGAUUCUAAGACUAUUGGGCUUUUUAAAGAUGAGACUCUAGGCAAUAUAAUUACAGAAACUUAUCAUAUCUGGGCUAAGUCAUACCAUUAUGUUUUAGCAAAUAAGUUUACAAAGUCUAAGUAUAAGAGG